AUGAACGCAGCCUUCAAACCUGUGCAACGGCACUAUUUUGUGAAUUCGACAAAUGUUGGCGAGCAGUUCUUCAUGUUUACUUCAUUAGCUGCUUGGCUUAUAAGAAUUGGGGGAAACGAAGGAUAUGAAAUGCCUCAAGAGGUACAAAUUUUUGUCACUCUUCAAGUGCUUAAUAAUUAA